CACGGAUGUGACGUUAGCGCAACACCGGAAACGCUGCACAGAGGAGAGAAAAAUGGCGAAUCUCAUUGAGGCAACAACAAAUCAGCAGUUUGAAGAUUUCCUAACCAAAGCUGGAAAAUGCCUCACCGUAGUGCAUUUCCAGGCGGCAUGGGCUCCCCAGUGCGGCCAAAUGAACGAAGUGAUGGCCGAGCUGGCCAAGGAGCACGCCGACACCACGUUUGUCAAGCUGGAGGCGGAAGCGGUGCCAGAGGUCUCGGAGAAGUAUGAUAUCGCCUCUGUCCCCACGUUUCUUUUCUUCAAGGGAGGGGAGAAGGUGGACCGCCUGGACGGGGCCAAUGCUCCGGAGCUGACCAAGAAGGUGCAGCGCUUGGCAGUCACCCGGAGUCCGUGUGGGGCUGCGGAAAGUACCACCACAGACCUGAACCAGCGGCUGAAGAAGCUGAUCAACGCAGCGCCUUGCAUGCUUUUCAUGAAGGGAUCCUCGCAGGAGCCCCGCUGCGGUUUCAGCCGCCAGAUAGUCGGCCUGCUGAAGGAGCACAGCAUCCAGUUCAGCAGCUUCGACAUCCUGUCCGACGAGGAGGUUCGACAGGGGCUAAAGACCUACUCCAACUGGCCCACCUACCCUCAGCUAUAUGUGAAUGGAGAGCUGGUGGGAGGACUGGACAUAGUGAAGGAGCUGGCUGAGUCCGGAGAGCUGGAGAACACCUGUCCCAAGGCUGUCACCUUGGAGCACCGUCUGAAGACCAUCAUCAACCAGAGUCCAGUCAUGCUGUUCAUGAAGGGCAACAAGGAUGCUGCAAGAUGUGGUUUCAGCAGGCAGACACUGGAGAUUUUAAACAGCACCGGUGUGGAUUUUGACACCUUUGAUAUUCUACAGGAUGAAGAGGUGCGUCAGGGGCUUAAGACCUAUUCCAACUGGCCGACCUACCCCCAGCUCUACGUGAAAGGAGACCUGAUCGGUGGUUUGGACAUACUCAAAGAGCUAAAGGAGAGUGGAGACCUAGUAUCAGUGCUGAAGGGGGAGUCUUAAAGUGGUUUUGGCAUGCGGAGAGGGGAAACAAAGAUCCACUGCACAUGUCCAGAUUGUCUCAGUGUCACUGAUCCAAUAGUGGGCCAGCAAGUGAAUUAAACAAUUCAUGAAGAGAAAUAUUAGAUAGAAUAA